GGGGCGCGCGCGCCGGAGGCGGCGGCGGCGGAGGCCGGGACCGCGCGCCCCGCCUGAGCCCGCCCCGCCGCCGAGCGUCACGGAACCUGCUUGAAAUGCAGCCGAGGAGCCGGGCGGGCGGCGGCGGCGGCGGCAUCGGCAUCGGCAGCGGCAGCGGCAGCCCCGGCGCCGCGGCAGGAGCUCGGGGAGCUGAAGCGCGGCUGCGGCGGCGAUACGGGGUGCGCGGGGCGCCGCGGCCGGAGCCCGGGGCCCGCCAUGGGCCGCCCCGGAGGGGGCGCGCUCCGGCCGCCGGCGCUGCUGCUGCUGCUGCUGCUGCUGCCGCUGCGGCUCCAGCCUCUCGCGGCGGCGGCGGCGGCGGCGGAUCCCCCACGCGGAAGCCAAGGGCUGGCCGCGGAGUGCGAGGAGGACCAGUUCCGGUGCCGGAACGGGCGCUGCAUCCCCUCCGUGUGGCGGUGCGACGAGGACGACGACUGCGCGGACAACAGCGACGAGGACGGCUGCCCCAAGAAGACGUGCAUGGACACCGACUUCACCUGUGACAACGGCCACUGCAUCCCCGAGCGGUGGAAGUGUGACGGCGAAGAGGAGUGUUCCGACGGCUCCGAUGAGUUCCCCGCCAACUGCCCCAAGCAGGUGUGUCCCGCAGAGAAGCUGAGCUGUGGACCCACCAGCCACAAGUGCGUGCCCGCCUCCUGGCGCUGCGACGGCGAGAAGGACUGCGAGAGCGGGGCGGACGAGGCCGGCUGUGCCACCUUGUGCGCCCCGCACGAGUUCCAGUGCCGCAACCGCUCGUGCCUGGCCGCCGUGUUCGUGUGCGACGGCGACGACGACUGCGGCGACGGCAGCGACGAGCGCGGCUGCGCCGGCCCGGCCUGCGGGCCCCGCGAGUUCCGCUGCGGCGACGGCGGCGCCUGCGUCCCCGAGCGCUGGCUCUGCGACCGCCAGCCCGACUGCGCCGACCGCUCGGACGAGGCGGCCGAGCUCUGCGGCCCGGGGAGCGCCACCGCCUCCGCGCCCGCCGCCUGCGGGCCCGCGCGCUUCGCCUGCCGCAGCGGCGAGUGCGUGCACCGGGGCUGGCGCUGCGACGGCGACCGCGACUGCAAGGACCAGUCCGACGAGGCCGACUGCCCACUGGGGACCUGCCGUGGAGACGAGUUCCGGUGUGGGGACGGAGCCUGUGUCCCUGCCACUAAGCGCUGCAACCAGGAGCAGGACUGUCCGGACGGGAGCGAUGAAGCCGGCUGCCUGAAGGAGUCCACAUGUGAGGGUCCCCGCAGAUUUCAGUGUAAGAGUGGCGAGUGCGUGGACGGCGGGAAAGUGUGUGAUUCUCAGAGGGACUGCCGGGACUGGUCGGAUGAGCCUCUGAAAGAGUGUGCUCGACCAGCCUCUCAGGGAAACAGGAGGAGGCCCAGGGGGCUGAACGAGUGUCUGCACAACAACGGCGGCUGCUCCCACAUCUGCAACGACCUCAAGAUCGGCUUUGAGUGCACCUGCCCGGCGGGCUACCGGCUCCUGGACCAGAAGACGUGCCGCGACAUCGACGAGUGUGAGGACCCGGACGCCUGCAGCCAGAUCUGUGUCAACUUCAAGGGCUACUUUAAGUGCGAGUGCCACCCUGGCUACGAGAUGGACCCGCUGACCAAGAACUGCAAGGCCGUCGCUGGCAGGAGCCCGUCCCUGAUCUUCACCAACCGGCACGAGGUGCGGAGGAUAGGCCUGGUGAAGCGGGACUACUCGCGCCUCAUCCCGAUGCUCAAGAACGUCGUGGCGCUCGACGUGGAAGUGGCCACCAAUCGCAUCUACUGGUGCGACCUCUCUUACCGCAAGAUCUACAGCGCGUACAUGGACAAGGCCAGCGACCCUGCGGAGCAGGAGGUCCUCAUCGACGCGCAGCUGCACUCCCCCGAGGGCCUGGCGGUGGACUGGGUGCACAAGCACAUCUACUGGACCGACUCGGGCAACAAGUCCAUCUCGGUGGCCACGGUCGACGGCAGCCGCCGACGCACUCUGUUCAGCCGCGACCUCAGCGAGCCCCGGGCCAUCGCCCUGGACCCCCUGCGAGGGUUCAUGUAUUGGUCUGACUGGGGGUACCAGGCCAAGAUCGAGAAGUCUGGGCUCAACGGUGCGGACCGGCGAACACUGGUGUCGGACGACAUUGAGUGGCCCAACGGGAUCACCCUGGACCUGCUGAGCCAGCGCUUGUACUGGGUAGACUCCAAGCUGCACCAGCUGUCCAGCAUUGACUUCAGCGGAGGCAACAGGAAGAUGCUGGUCUUCUCCCCCGACUUCCUGAGCCACCCCUUUGGGAUCGCCGUGUUUGAGGACAAGGUGUACUGGACAGACCUGGAGAACGAGGCCAUUUUCAGUGCGAACCGGCUCAGCGGCCUGGAAAUCUCCGUCCUGGCCGAGAACCUCAACAACCCGCACGACAUCGUCAUCUUCCAUGAGCUGAAGCAGCCGAGAGCUGGAGACGCCUGCGAGCUGAGUGCCCAGCCGGACGGCGGCUGUGAGUACCUGUGCCUCCCUGCUCCUCAGCUCUCCAGCCACUCUCCCAAGUACACGUGCGCCUGUCCUGACGCCAUGUGGCUGGGCCCCGACAGGAAGAGGUGUUACCGAGCAUCUCAAUCUACCUCAACUACGCCGUUAGCCUCUCCCACAGCGAGGACGGAAGCGGACUCUGCAAGGGCUCCAGGCACCGCCACCCACAGCCCCACCCACCGGAACCACAGCACAGAGACACCACGCCCGGCGGCUGCAGUCCCAAGCUCAGUCAGCGUCCCCGGGGCGUCCAGCAUCGGCCCGUCUAUCCCAAGCCCUGCGACCAGCAACCACUCCCAGCACUACGGGAAUGAAGGCGGCAAGCCGGGCUCCACGGUCACUGCUGCUGUCAUUGGGAUCAUCGUGCCCGUGGCGGUGAUAGCCCUCCUGUGCACGAGCGGCUACCUGAUCUGGAGAAACUGGAAGCGGAAGAACACCAAAAGCAUGAAUUUUGACAACCCAGUGUACAGGAAGACAACAGAGGAGGAGGAUGAAGAUGAGCUCCACAUCGGGAGGACUGCUCAGAUUGGCCAUGUCUAUCCUGCAGCAAUCAGCGGCUUUGAUCGCCCACUGUGGGCAGAGCCCUGUCUUGGGGAGACCAGAGAACUGGAGGACCCAGCCCCUGCCCUCAAGGAGCUUUUUGUCUUGCCGGGAGAACCAAGGUCACAGCUGCACCAACUCCCGAAGAACCCUCUUUCCGAGCUGCCUGUCGUCAAGUGCAAGCGAGUGGCAUUAAGCCUUGAAGAUGAUGGACUGCCCUAAGGAUGGGACCACUCCCUUCAUGCCUCACGGAAUUCAGUUCCAUGCACUCCACUCUCUGGAUGGUGUAUGCCUGGAUGGAAGGAUUUCUGUAUGGGUCUGUGUGAGCGUGUGCGUGUCUGUGUGUGCGUGUGUCAUUUUAAUUUAUGUUGCAGAAAGGUAACCACAAAGUUAUGAUGAACUGCAAACAUCCAAAGGAUGUGAGAGUUUUUAUAUGUAUAAUGUUUUAUACACUUUUUAACUGGUUGCACUACCCAUGAGGAAUUCAUGGAAUGGCUACUGCUGAGUGACUAACAAGAUGUACAUAACCAAACGGGGCCGAUGGUACAGUAGCUUACUCAUCAUUUAAAAACUAUAUUUACAGAGAGAGUAUUUGAUUUUUGGGGGGGCUUUUUUAGGUUUUGGAGUUUUGGGGUUUUGUUUUUUUUUUUGUAAAUAAAAUGAUUAUGCUUUGUGGCUAUCCAUCAACAUUAAACACCUCAACUCCCUCCCCAAUUUAGAUUAUUUAUUAACAAACUUCAUAAAUAAGAUUAGUUAGUUCUAUAAAUAAUUCAGAGACAUGAGAGUAUUUAUUUUUGGUAUGAUUGGCCCACCACACAGACUCUGUGUGCAUCUGUGUUUGCCUGCAUGUGUGUGCGAGAGAAAACUAGAGAAGAGGCGCGCCUAUGGCUGUUGUUCGAGUACAUAAAGAUAGAUAUAUCUUAAGCCAGUCCACAAGAGCGUAUCUGGAGUUUUCAGGAAAUUAGCCUUUGGAAAUCUGGCUCAGAAAACGGAUGCCAUGGUGUGUGCGAACAUGUAGCAGCAGACGCAGACCCUCCCCACCUCUGGCUAUUCCUGAGACCAGACUCAGGAAAAGCCCUUCAGCUCACUGCUGGGACUCCCACCUGGGCUUCCUCUGGCGUGGCUAAGGCCAGCACACAGACUGUACACAGUGCCAGAAGUCCUCGUGAGCUCAGGUGAGAGCACGUCUGAACCUUGGCUACUCCUUGUUUUCAAGUUCAGCAUUUCAAGUAACUUCAUUUUUCUUUAGGACACUUGGGUUGAAUUCAUUGAGGUUGAAUACCUUACGUAUAGAGAGCUAAGUGGAGAUGUCUCCGGAACAGGCCAAGUUUACUCUAGGGCCUGGCUUAGUUAGGCACAGAACCCCUGGAUAAAGAUGGUGGAAUAGGUUUUGUUACAUCUCCAUCUCUCCCUUCCUCUUACGCUCCCAUUUCCUUCAGGUGGGGAAGAGUAAUACGUAGGUUUGUUGCCAUCACGUGUUUGCAUCGAUGAAACUAAUUUGGGGCUUAAGGCGGUAAAAGUGGCCAAGCCUAAAGUCCUAUUUGAGGGGGAAAUGGCAUACGCAAUAUUAUAGUACACCGGAUGUAUGUUCACGCAGAAAUUUGGUUUACUACUUUGUAAAUAAAGGGAAAAACUCUAGGUAUAUCUACAGAUUUUUUUCACCAUGGACACUUUCUUUGCCUCUCCUGGGCCGUGGGGAGAAGGGGAGAAGUGUCUCUCUUUGUGGGUUCUCCCGCCGAAAACAAUCCAACAGUCCCAGAAGGAAUUCAGUCCCCGCUGGCUCUAUCGUCCAAGGUCUUAACUCUGCUGUUCUACCACUGUAUUCCCACCGGACAACCAGGGACCGGACAAACAGAGUGUAUGGCUUCAGUAAGAGCAGAGGACAAGUUCCUAACCUCCACAUACCUGGAACUUGACCCCUGUAAGCAAAUUCCUCUCCCCUACUUCCCAGUUGCCCCCAACUCAGUGAUGCGUGGUUGUCUCGCCCCUUGCUACCCUUUGAGUUUCCAGACAGACAUUCUGGAGUUCUGUCAGCCUAUUCCUAGGACCUUUCUUUCUAUUUUUUAAAUAGAAAACAACCAUAUUCUGGAGCUUGGGCACUAUGCUUUGCAUAAACAAGCAAUUUCCUCAUGAUAUGUAUGUGCUGAUAGUUCUGAAACAUCCAUUCAGAGGGAAAAAUGCAUUGACUUAGAAUGACCAUUACCAAAUAGAAUUUUAAAAACAUCCGGCCAACUCCUAUGGAGCUUAAUCACUUAUUACUAUUCUUUCAAGAAUAAAAAGUAAAAUAGUUUUUGACCGAAGAAAAACUAUGAAAAUGAAAAAUCAUUGAAAUUUACACAAAACAAAUAACUUUUUCUGUAACCUGCCUCUGAAGAUUUUUAAUUAUAAUAGAGUCUAAUGCAUAAUAUCUAGACUUUCAGUCAGAAUCUGGCCUUCACAGAAAAAAAUAAUGAAUGGGAUCAGGAUGAUUCAGCCUGAUAUCUCAAAAUGAUGAUGAAACACAACUUUCUCAGAGACACCCAUGUUUUCUGAAUAUGCUACAACUGCAGUUUGAAAGAGGCAGCUAUGGGAGCAACGUACAAAAAACAAAACUGUGGAACACUCACGUGUUGGAAUGGUAGUCAAGUAGAUGAAAUCCGAGGACUCAAAUCCAUCUUCUCGUCCUGAAGGCUUUAAGCCUCAUUCUGAGGAUGAGUUGCAUUUCUGUUGCUUUUUGCCCCUAUGCCAUCAUAUAUCAACAGUCAAGAACAGGUCAGAGGCAUUGGACAUAGAGCUGGAGGAAGCUUAGAAGCACCAGGAGGGCAGAACAUGUAUCAGUUUUUCUCUAUUUAAAAGAAACUGGCCCAGGUCCUUUUCUUCCCUUUCUCCAGUUGACUACUUUGCACUGCCUGAACACUGCACCAAACCUGCUACCUAUCGUCCCAAUGGGACUAUGAAGGCACUGGCAGAAAUGGCCUUCCAGAAACAGGGAAAAGUAAAUUUCAUUUAUUUACUUUUGACAGCAUGAUUAUUUAAAAAAUAGAUUGAGUUAACGUGUAACCUCAGGAUGAGAUUGGAUUUAAAUUUAUGGCAAUAAGCACUAUGGAUCCCUCCAAGUCUCUCUUUGAGAUUGCAAUAUGUGCAUUCACUGAAACCAUUUGUCAGGCACUGCAGAAGCACAGGUCAAUCAAACAUUUUCUCUCCUUACGGAGCUCACAGUAGUAGUAGAGGAAGACAUGUGGAAACAAACAAACAAAAAAGAAAAGAUUCUUUUCAGAACAAUGUUAUGACACAACGUGGUCACUUCUACCGAAGGAGAUAAGGAAUGGGGUCAAGAAAGCCACCACAGGAGAAGUGACCUGAAGCUAAGUCUUACAAACUAAGUAGGGAUGUCAGGCUGCUUCAGGCAGAAGAAACACAGCUAAGACACCGAGGCAUGAAACAGCAUGGGGACUUCAAUGAACUGCAUGCAAUUCAUUAUAACGAGCAAAAAGCUCAAGGGGGACGUAGCAAGAAACGAGCUGGAUGGAAAGACAGGUUCAAUAUAAGCACUUUAUAGAACACUUCUAUUUAACUUCCGGUUCAGUGAAGCAAACAUUCCUUGGUCACUUACUGUGUAUGAGGCACCAAGUGCAUGGGGAAUUCAGCAGGAUGCGUUGCCAGCACUUGCAGACAUGGCGGUCUUGAGCCUCAGGCUUUCCGGUGGCCAAAGAGAAACAGUGACUGUUUUUCAUAUAUUCGAGUUGAAGCUUUUUGAUAUGGUCUAUGAAAACUAAUACGAGGGCGGAGGGAUUCUCACAGAAGCAUUCCAUGUUGUCAAGAGCCUCUGAGAUUUCUUCAACAGAGAGAAAGAAAACUGGAAGUUUUGAAGACGUGGAGUCUGCAGGGGGAACCCCAAGCGCUGUCCAGUGUGGCGCAGGUGGGAAUGGAGCCUCCCCACCUCACUCCCUAACGUCAGCCAUACACUCAUCAUUUCACAGAAUAGAAAUGGGUAGCAGUCAAACGGUUCGGAGUAUAUAACCUCCUUUCCCAUCAAUGCAUGAAGAUAAAGUAUUGGAGUCUUUUUACAUGGUAUUUUUUAGGGUAUUGGGGAUUUUCAGGAAAUGGAGAACUUAGAGGUGGAGGAAUUACAGCUUCAAAUUUCACUUAAUAAAAGAAAUCAGGAAUCCCUAUUCAUUCAGGCUAUGCACCAUGUGCAUAGCCAGGAAUCAGCAGAAACCCUCUGUAUUUGCAAACACUUUGUGCUAUAAAAAAAUAAUUUUAAAAGAGCCACCUGUAUAUGUAUAUAUAUUUAAAGACAUGAAGGUUUUGAUACUUUUUUUUACAAAAAUUACAAGAAAAAAAAUACCUGUACAAACCAUGUGUUUUAAAAUAGCAUUUUGUUCUAUACAAGCUGUUGUUAAUUUGGGGGUGAAGUACUGGUUCGCAAACUCGACAUUGUACCCAAAUGAAUUUUCCCUGUUUGUCUACACACACACACACACACACACACACACACACACACACCACACACACGUCCCCAAAUUACCAUAUUUGAUGUUUGAUGUAACAGGCAUGUUAGAAUGUUGGAUCACACUAACCAUUCCUGCUCUUUUUGUCUUAUCAUUCCAAAUGCCAUUGUCUUCUGUACUCAGUCCCCUUUGCAGUCUGGCGUCUCUUCUAGAGGCAAAGGGUGGUGUGUUGCGUCUCACUAGCUGUACUGGCAUCAUCUUGGUGAACUAAAAAAACAAAUGUGGGCAUUUGUAAAAUCAGUGCACUGUUUCUAGAGAAAGAUAAAAUUCCUUUUUUAAAAUCUGAAA